CCCCCAGUUCCUCGUCCUUGUCCUCCGCCCUAUCACCACCCGCUGCUGCUCUUCUUCCUCAUCGUCAUCCCAUCUCUCCUCCUCCUCCUCCUCCUUCCACCGCUCUUCCCUCUUCUUGUCUCGUCCUCUUUCAGCCAAACCCGUCUUUCCUUUACCCGCCCGCGUUUCGUCGCGCAGCCGGCCAGCAAACGCUUCCUCCGUUCGCCCUCGUGCAGCCAGUGUUACCACUGCCUUUUUUGUUUUGGACCCGCCCAUCCGCCAUCCGUACUGCUACUGCUGCCCUCGCAUUCUUCUAAUAGCCUUCUUGACCGUCGCUCCUCGCGCCGACGGCAAACCGGCCCUUUUUUUCGUUCUACAGUUCGACGUCGCCUGUCGCCUGCUCCCGACGACGAGUGGCCCGCCCUCUCUCCCCCGUCAAGCGACCUGCCAGCGACACGACCUUUUGCUCCUGCAGACCCUCCAUCAGACGGCUUGAGGCCUUCUGCGACCGAGACAUCAUCGACCGACGAAAAGAGAUCACACUCCAGUCGAAACGCUUGCACCGCCGCUUUCCUGCCGCCGUCCCCCGACGCAUUUGGCCAUCCUCGGCAGAGAAGAGAAGGACGCGCGCUCACCAAGUUUUUUAUUCCCUUUCGCGCCUAUAGACUUGCUUUGGGAAGGAUCCCGUGCUUCAUCCAUCUACCUAUCCGUUGUCGGCUUUUUUAUUCUAGCCGCCUCCGUCUUCCGUUGCCCGUAAACAUACAUUUCGCCUAUUUUUUUUUGGUUAUUUUGGUCGCCGGAUCGAGCUUCCCAGACCAUCUUUGACUGCUGACCCGCUGGACCCGUCGUCUGGUUUCGAUCUGGGGCACCCUCUGUGCUCACCCUUACGACACGUUUCCAACAAAAGAACGGUGAACAGACGAACGGACGCUGCUCACUUCCAUCAAAGGCGACGGUCUCUGCCCGUUUUCUCGCUACGAUCGAAUCGUUCCGGAACAGUCUGCUUGCGGUCUUGUGACCUUUGCUUCCCAUCACCGCGACUCCGUUACUGCUGGUAAAAUCACCACGCUCGGCUCAAUUCUUGCCAGCUGCCCUGAGUCAACCAUCACUCUCUAUCCUGCGAUCGAGAACUUUUAUUGCUCACGAACACUCUCCCGAGAAUUUGAAGCGAGCCUAAUCCACUAAUUUAGUUUUCCCUUUUUGCUUCCUUCGGAACCGACCUUGUCCAUCUGCGAGGCUUCUCCACGCGCGCCGCUGAGCCUCUCGCGUUUCACGAUCAUUGCACUCGCAUUGCGGUCGUCGUGCACUACAUCAAGGCGACUCUACUGCACACUCGUAUUUUUUUUCCACCCAUUCCUAGUGGACAAAUAACUCGUUCUUUGGCCUUUUGGCGGAACGAGAAGAUCAAAGAGAAGACACAACAAGAAAAGGCACUGGCUGUCUGCUUGUUAAUUGUUUCAUCAUGACCUACCAGAGCAGCUUCGCCGCCAACUCCGGCCUCGGACUUCCCGGCGCUGGCUACGCCUCCCGCGGCAAGGCCAACGGCUUGAAGCGUCUCAACCUCGCGUCGCCACCGAAACUUGGCUCGCUCAGCGAGAACGGCGUAGACGAGAACCCGCCUCCUCGCACCAGCCGCUCGUACCUGCUCGCCGGUCUCCGCACCGCUCCGAAGACUCCGUCCGUGCCGUCGUCGGCCCCGUACAACCAGACCCAGCACGCAAUGGGUAACCCCAUGGAUCAGUCUCGAUACGCUCAUCAUGGCGGCGUCAACGCACCGUACAACGCCAACCAGGCAGUCCCGCACACGGCUAUCGGCUCCUCGUUUCCCACACAGUAUGGUCAGGCCGGUCAGCAGUACUACAGCUUGCCGGAACAGGUCCUCGCUCCGCCAAACCUCGACUUCGUCGAGGACGAGGAUCCGCAGAUGCUCGCUCAACUCCAAGCCACCAAGAGCAUGCUCGCCUUGAGGCAACAGCUGCUUCAACAGCAGCUUGCCAGCCUGACUGCCCAGCAGUUCGCCAUGAUGAACCUCGGUCAGACCGGCCAGAUGUACAACAGCCCUCAGACGCCCUCGACGCCACACCUUGGCCUGUACAACCACCAGCAGCUGAUGCAGCCCGUCGUUACCGAGGUUCCCGGCCAGCCCGGCAUCUACACUGUCUACAACCCGCUCACCGGCCAGACCACGCUCGCCGCCGAUACGUCCCGCCAGCAGGAGGCUUCGCAGCUUGCCAAUUCACCACCCCCACCCACGCCUCACAGUGUCGCCGGAAGCUUCAACAGGGCAGACACGCCCGGCAGCCGCCGUCAGAUGUCUUCGCCACAGAAUGAGAUUCAGUCUCCCUUUGGCCAGCAGACACGUAGCAUGUCGCCCCCCAAGAAGACGCCGUCUCCGCCUGCGGCUGGUGACGUUGAGCCUCUACCCCCACCGUCUGCCAAUGCCUUCCGUCGUGGCCAUCACAAGAAGGUCUCGUCCCUCUCGCUGACGAACAACGCCUCUGUCGCCGAUGGGCCCAAGUCCGCGUUCAUUCCGCGCAGCCACAACGUUCCCCCUACUCCGCUCACGGGCACCUUUGGUCCUGGCCAGGCUCGCGCGGGCGAGCAUCCGCUCAGACAGCCUCGUGGCCCGCCUGCUAUGGAGGAGCUCAAGGCCAAGCCCACGGCCGCUUUCGAAGGCUCGCUCAACUUUGCGGCCCGCCGCCGCCGGCAGGCUCUCAGCAACCUCAUGCGUGCUGGCCUUGAACGCCACCGCGUACAGAGGCCGGGAUCUGGCAGUAACGGCUCCAUGACGCCCGUCUCGGAGAGCGAGCUGAGCUUCUCCGUUCCUAGCUCGGGCAGCGACAACGACUCCGACUCCGGCCGUUCGGUGCAUGGUGCCAUUGGCAGCGAGAGAAAGGCAAGCAGAGAGAGCCUGGCUGAAGCUGGUGCUUCUGCUGCAGAGCAGAGGAGGCCGAAGGCCCCUCUUCUGGCGCUGGCAAAUGCUGCCGAGAAGAGGAGGAGCAUCGUCUACUGAGCUUUCGAGCUGCUCCGCUUCUUUCAUGCCUUCGGCGGACCGGAAUUCCACUUUCUUUACUUUUAACGAAUUCGCCGAAAGACCCUUAUCACGAAUUUUUCAUUUGAGCACGGUUUCCUUUUUUUUUUUUGUUUCUGUUCUCUUUCCGGGAGGCAGAACUCGAUUUUCUUCUUAGUACGCAUAUCAUGUGCUUCUCUCGGUCGCUUCGGAGUCGAUGUUCUUUUCUCCUUCCAAAGCAAAUUCACUUCGACGCACUCACUAGACGGGGUAAUCAACUUUCUUUUCGCGGCAUUCGAGCACAGCCCAGCGGGUUCACUGCCUCGUGACAUCGCCUGCAAUGUUAACCCCACCCGACAAACAUACAGUAUAUACCUCUUCUCGACCUGGAGAGAGUUUUAUGUACAAGGUUUACGAUGUAACUCCUUUUUUUUACUCCUUUCCUCUCCUCGUUCACCAUUUCCCUUUCUACUCAGCCUCUACUCGCGAGGCAAAAAGAUUGUAAUGAGCAUUUGGGAUUACGGCAGAAACUUUUUCUUUUCUGUAUCAAGAAAUGGGAGGGAUCGGCCUUUUAUUUUACCAUUAUCGACAUGGGAAGGAAUAUCACACGAGUUUCAAGAUAUGUGUCUUUGCUUGUCCGUCCUGACGUUUGAUGUCCUAUCCCUCCGAGACAUUGUUGUGCACGGAGCAAAGGGGAACCCAAUUCACGCCCACGUCGUCCCUGAAUGGGGAGGAAGGUGGGAAAAGAGACUAAUUUUUUUUUUUAAAAAAGAAAAGAAAAAUAAUCUCCUUGCUUGAUGGGGUGUGGAUUGGAUUGGACUGGACUAAGGAAUGGGGGGGGACUUGCUUCUGACCUUCGAUGGGAACGGAUGAAAAUGGAACGGACAGCAUCACGAGGCAAACUCUUGCUUCCUUUUACUAUCUCCUUGUUUUUUUUUUUUUUU